AUGCGUCGCACGAAUACAAGUGUGCCAAAUGCACGUUCGCCACAUGCACACCGCGUCAGUACGCGUAUGUCACAUAAACAUCGCAUACACAUGCGACGCGCUCACGCGCGCCACAUUACAGGCCUUAUGCUUGAAUGUCAUAAACACGUCACGUACACGUACUUUACUACUCUACGUCACACGUCACUCCCACGUAAGCAGCAAACACGUAAACGACGCGUACAUCGGCGCACAUACGUCUUUGCGUUAUAUACACGCGCGUCAUGUACACACACGUUGCGUCACGUAUACGCGCACCACACAUCCGUCACGUGCAAAACGCCACGUACGUGA